GUGCGCGACAUGUUGUCAUACAAUUAAAAUUUAAAUAUUUUUUUUAUAAUAAGUAUUAAAUGUUUUAAUAUUAGAUUAGUAAUAACUACCUUUUUAAAGGCCAAUUAGUUAUAGCUACCUUUUCAACAAAAUGGAUCAACCAGAGCCAAUAAUCGCAAUUAAGAACACCGACCAAAGUCCUCCAGUGGACGACUGUGAUGGUGGUGAUGUUGGCGAACCGGAUCCGCUUGACAUAAUAUUGACUGAAGUUCGAAUGAAACCACGGGAAACUAUCAUCUCAGAUAGCAGCAGUAGUGAAGAAACUUCAGACAACGAAGGCAGUGUAAUUUCAAUAGCGUCGUCUAAAGACACGUAUAGCGGUAUACCAAAAACUAAAGGAGAGCUUUCUUUAACGGAUCUGCCCCCCAUUGAGGAUUUAUGUAUUUCUGUCGAAGAAGAACAGUGCAAACCUAUUGGGAGCAUUAAAAGUAUCGUCGAUUCUUUAGUUGUUGUGGAAGCGUUCAUUAACGUUCCGCCACUCGACAUUGACUCCGUUUUGUUUGUCGACCGUGGGAAGCGCGCCUUAGGAAAAAUAUUUGAAGUGGUCGGGCCAGUCAACAAGCCAUAUUACACUGUACGUUUCAAUGGUUCUGACCAUGUACAAAAAUUCAACGUCAACGUCAAGGAAACGGUUUAUUGUGCACCUCAAACCGAUUAUACAUCUUACGUAUUCAUUUCGAAAGUGAUGCAACAUAAAGGUAGCGAUGCCUCCUGGAAGGAUAACAAUGAACCGCCGCCAGAGUACGUUGAGUAUUCCGAUGACGAACAAGAGAAGUUAGCGAAAAAAAAUAGAAAAAGAAAUAAAAAAACUGUACCGGAACGCCAUGUACAGCAGCAGCAGCAGCAGCAGCCGCCACAGCCACAGCAACAACAAGAAAUUCCUCAGACUCUGGUACGACAACAACAACCGCAAAGCCCACAAGUUUAUCGGCCACAGGGGAACGCUCAGUACCAACAACCAGUGCCGCCAGUAUAUCAUCAUCAACAACAACAACAACAGCCGUAUCCGCAAUUUCAACAGCAACAAAAAUAUCCUGCGUGUCAACCUCCGCAACAGUACGCUCAAUCCUACCAACAGCCACAGCAAUACCCUCCGUACCUUCAACCGCAACAAAUAUAUCCUACGUAUCAACAGCCGCCGCAACAAUAUCCCCUACAACAACAUUGUCCUCCUCCUUUCCUCCGCCGCAAAUACAGCCGCCCCAACAAUAUCCACAGCCACAAGAAAUUGUUCUCAAACAUUAUCGAUGGUAUAAGUAAAAGUUAA